AUGCCAUUUCUCAGAAAGCUCUCUGGGAGCUUUCCAUUAGGAAGCCUCCAGUUCUGUCUGGCAGAGUCAACAAGUGGUGACAGCAGGGCCAUAGCAGCAGUGAAGAGAACUGCUCUGAUGCCUCACACUGGGCCGCUGUCAGAUAUCGACCUUUUCACCUGUCUGUCGUUUAACGCAGCAUUAGUGAGACUGACUGCAGCAGCAUCCCGCCAUCCGUAUUUUAUGGAGUGUAAAUGUUGGAGCGCCGAGGUGUCAGCCUCUGCCUCUGAGGAUGCUCGAUCUAUCACCCCGGGGGGCCCUCCCGAGAGCAGAGCCAGCUUGUACUCCACCACCCAGGACACGGACAGGAGACUCCCCGUGGUCACCACCGCCUCGCCUCUCAACAUCCUGAACCACCACACUCUCUACAGAAAUCCCCCACAACACCAGGCACCACUCGGACCCCAUGUUCAGCCAAACUACUUCGAAGACAACGGAGAGUCCAGCUCACACCCCAGCACUCGUACCUCCCCCACCGUGCCAUCCGGGACUGCAUACUCCACUCCACAUAAUGCUGAUGAGAGGGCUUCAGGUGAGAGCGCCAAAGGCUCCAGCAUGCAAACAACCCUUGUCAUGCAUGCAUUAGAAGCCACUUCUCACUCCAACUCCCCCAUUACAGCCACCAGAGUGGUUGUAAAGGAUCCAGGACAUGUUUCCACCAUCACCUCUGCUGCUGCUACAAAGGAAAACCAUGUAGUGAGGCCAGAUCAGCCUGGACUGAGGCCGAAUGUGAGACCAGGCCGUAAUGAAGAGGAGACAACCACCACCACUAUCACUACCACCACCGUAAUCACCACGAUGCAGAAUCCAGUUCCCUGCCAACUGAACCUGACCGGCCCAGAAGGAUACAUAGAGGCUCCACCACAGUCCAGCUUGGCCUUUCACUCCACUAUGGACUGCAGCUACAUCAUCACUGUCUAUAUGGGCUAUGGAGUGGAGGUCCAGGUGAUGAAUGUGAAUCUGUCUGAGGGCGACAAGGUGGUGUUGGAAGACGUGGGCUAUGGGGAGAACACCAUGCUGGCCAACGAGUCCAUUCUGAUGAGGGGGUUGGUGGUACGGAGCCACAGCAAUCAAAUCUCCAUUCGCUUCCACAGCCAGAGCUCCCAGGCCGGAUCCGUCCUGCUCAGAUACCAAUUCUUCGUGUUGAGCUGUGUCUUCCCCCAGCGGCCUCUUUAUGGAGAUGUAUCAGUGAGCAGUCUCCAUUCUGGAGGGGAGGCUUACUUCUCCUGCCUGACUGGUUACCAGCUGCAAGGACCCAGUGUGCUGACCUGCCGCAAUGCGAGCACCCCCUACUGGAGUGGCAAGGAACCACACUGCCUAGCUGCCUGUGGUGGUGUGAUCACGAACGUCACAGUGGGUCGGAUCAUCUCUCCUGGUUUUCCCAGCAACUACAGCAACAACCUGACGUGCCACUGGCUGCUGGAGGCUCCCGGGGCCCAAAGACUUCACAUUCACUUUGAGAAGGUGGCACUGGCCGAGGAUGACGAUCGGGUGCUGAUCAAGAACGGUAACAGCAUAGAUGCAGCUGCCCUGUAUGAUUCCUAUGAGGUGGAGUAUCUGCCUAAUGAAGGUUUACUCAGCUCGUCCAGACAUCUAUUCAUUGAGCUGACUACAGACGCUACAGGCACAUCCACUGGCAUCGCCAUCCGAUACCAAGCCUUUGCAGCAGGCCACUGCUACGAGCCCUUCGUGAAGUAUGGUAACCUGACCAGUAGUGACAACAGUUGGGCAGUGGGAGCUGUGGUGGAGUUUGCCUGUGACCCUGGCUAUACUCUGGAGCAAGGCUCUGUCACCAUUGAAUGUAUGGAUCCCAACAAUCCCCAAUGGAAUGAGACUGAGCCCGCCUGCAGAGCUGUGUGUAGUGGCGAAAUCACAGAUUCAGCUGGAGUGGUGCUCUCUCCUAACUGGCCCGAAGCCUACGAUAAAGGCCAGGACUGUAUCUGGGGAAUCCAUGUCGAGGAGGACAAGAGGAUCAUGCUGGACAUUCAAGUGUUGAACAUCGGGAAGAAUGACCUGCUGACCUUUUAUGAUGGAGACGAUCUUACAGCCAAGGUGUUGGGUCAGUAUGGAGGAUCGAAGUCUCACUUUAAGCUCUACACCUCCACUGCGGACAUCACAAUCCAGUUCCAGUCGGACCCUGCCACAAAUGUCUAUGGCUACGGCAACGGAUUCGUUGUGCACUUCUUUGAGGUAGCUCGUAAUGACACCUGCCCCGAGCUUCCGGAGAUCUCAAAUGGAUGGAAGAGUGCAUCGCACCCUGAGCUGGUUCAGGGCACUGUGGUGACCUACCAGUGUUACCCGGGUUAUCAGGUGGUGGGUGCCGAGCUGCUCAUGUGCCAGUGGGACCUCACCUGGAGCGGUGACUUACCAAGCUGUGAAAGAGUGGUGUCUUGUGCUGACCCUGGAACGGUGGAUCAGAGCAGGCGGGUGCUGUCGGGUCCCCAUUUCACUGUGGGUUCAACCAUCCAGUACAUCUGCAACAAGGGCCUCACUCUGUCUGGAAACAGCCUGCUCACCUGCUUCAACCGAGGCUCCUCAGGCCCCAAGUGGAACCAGAAGCUGCCCAGAUGCCUGCCUGAGACCUUUGAGCCCUGCGGCCACCCAGGAACCCCUACCUAUGGGAUCCCCAACUCCAACAAGCUCCACUUCCAGCCAGGUGACACUCUCCACUACUCCUGCAUGACUGGUCACCAGCUGCUGGGGGAGCCUGUUCUCCAUUGCAUCCCUGGACACCCGUCUCAGUGGAGUGGGCUGCCACCUGUCUGCAAAGCCAACCCUGCGGGUUUGGAUGACCACAGAUUAGAUGUGUCUACUGCAGACGUCAGACUGGAGGGGGCCCAAGUGGCGUUUGCUGUCUUCAUCCCUGUCGUCCUUCUCCUCAUCUUCAUAAUUGGGAUGUACCUCUACUUCUCAAAGGUUCCGAGGAAGUCACUACAGCUCUCCCUCUCCUCCAACUUACCAUAUGAAAACAUCUCUGGAGAACCUGCAAUCGACAGCUCUGUUUAUGAGACAACUAGGACACCUCACCGCCCCUGGAAAGGCUGGGCCACUGGAUUAUUUUUCUAGCUCUUCAACAGUUACAGUCCAGCAGCAGCAGUUUGUACAGUUUUUAAUCCCGUGCUUGCAUCCUGAGGACUUUCAGUGCAAGUAACAUCUCAGAAAGGAGGAGGAAGAGAUGCAAAGUUUGUGCCAUCAAGUGCAUAUAUCCACAGGUCUUGCAUUGUGUUGUGCACAUUAUACACUAUUUGUCUUGUACUUUCAUUUCAAGAACAAUCCCUAAGGGUUUUAUGGGAUGUCUAUUACGAGUAAGACCUGUUACAGAAAAAAAGGAAAAGCAUUAGCUUUUACAAGCAGUUGCUCAAAAUGAUUGCUCUUUGACUUUAAGUGACCCAUGAGAAAUCAGAAUGUGCCUUAAAUAAAAGGCCCUUUAAGGAAAAACUGAUGAGAAGAGAGGAGAAUACUGAUAUCAUCCUGGUGUGCAUGUUAAGACCAGAGCUUGAGUCACGAUGUGGUUAGCCUAGCUUAGCAUUUGAUUAUAAAAGCAGGGGGGCAUGGCCUUUUAAAGGUAAAAUGACCAUGUGCACUUAACACAAGC